UUUGGCGGGAACGCGCGAACGCGAGGAGUGAAGUUGUGUGAUUUCUUUUAUUUUGUCUAUUUAGUGUUUCUUCGGGUUCAAAUGUGUAAUAAUGGUGGUUUAUUAACUGUUUAAUAUCUGUGAAAGUGCACAAAUCUGGAAAAAUGAAACAAAGCCGCUGGACGUAACUUCUCGGGAUCCUCCAAAAAGUCCACUGAAAAAAUCUUAGUAAAUGACCACGAUUUUACUGAGAUUAUAUUUCAUCCCAUAUCAUCUCAUUUCAUUUAAUUUCAUCCCAGUUGGUUAAUGUCUCAAAUUAAUUGUCUUCAUUUCAUUUCACUCCAUAAUAUCAUUUUUCAUAAAAAUAUGAAUAUAAAUUAAAAUAAGACAUGACUUAAAGGUCUCAGUUACCAGGUCAUAAAAUCCUUUUUAAAAAAAUUUUCAAUAAGUUUACCUAAGUGGUUAAGCAUCUUGCACAAAAUAUAUUUCAGUAUAAACGUAACAUUAUUGUUAAUGUAAUUUGUAGAAUGGGUACUAGAAUACUGCAAAGACUAAUUGUGUCAACAUUUAUAAAUAAUGUUACACCCAGACGGCAACUAAGGUUAUGUGAAAAAAUAGUUUGUGCCCAUAAUUUAAACACAACGUACGUUAGGAAUUAUGCAAAAAGUAAAGACAAAGGAAAGGAAAAAAAAGGUAAAGGCACUAAAGUUGAAAUUAAUAUGGCAGUUCUCUCCGAACUUAUACCAGUAGACAAGAUGAAAGACCGCUGCAGUGCCGCUAUUGAAAACAUGAAGGCGGAUUUUGCUAAACAUUUGUCUAUAAGAUCAACCACUGGCUCGAUAGACACAAUACCAGUAAAAUUCGAGGGCAAAGAAUAUGAACUACAAGAACUAGCUCAGAUUGUAAGAAAGAAUCCUAAAACGAUAGUAAUAAACUUCUCUUCUUUUCCCCAAGUCAUACCGGAGGCCUUGAAAGCCAUCAGUAGUUCUGGUCUAAAUUUAAAUCCACAACAAGAUGGAACUACACUGUUUGUGCCUGUGCCUAAAGUCACAAAGGAGCACAGGGAAGCAUUGGCUAAGAAUGCUAAGGUGUUGUACAUAAAGUGUAGGGAUGCACUCAAAGACAUACAAAAUGAAAACAUAAAGAAAAUGAAGAAACAGACUGGUGUAUCUGAAGAUUUAAUAUUUAACGGAACGAAACAAAUAAAUGCCUUGUGUGAAAAAUAUCUAUUAGAAGCGAGAAGUAUUUAUGAUGCCAAAUGUGUUGAAUUAGUUGGGAAGUAGGUGUUUGUGGAAAUAACUUUGUGUUGUUAAUGAAUAGAAUAAUAUGCAUAAUAUAUAUUUAAGAAAAUAUGCCAUGCAUCUUUUCAAUAAACACCAAUAGAUAGUUUGAAAUAACAAA